AUAUUAAACAUGGUCCUUACGCCGUCAAGUAAAAAAAAAGAAUCGGCAUAAAAGUAAAAGCGAUGUUAUCGUACAUAACGAGCCAGUCGAAGAAACUAAAUAAAAACGCGGUUAUUACAUGAAAUUACGUACAAAAAUCAAGACAAUCGAACUGAAAAAAAAAAAUUGUGUAAAAGAAGAACUUUUAAAUUGUGGAAGACACUUGUGAAUUUAUAAAAACAUAUAAAAAAAUAAAAAAAUCUCCAAAACGAAGUGAAAAACACAUGUUCAUGUGAUAAACUGAAAAUUACCACUUAAGGGAAAACGCUUUAACUCAAAUACAAAAGUAUUAUUAAAAUUUGAACAAAUAUUACAGACGAAAACGCGAAUAUAAGUAAAAAUAAAAUUUAUUAAAAGAUUCUAGAACCAAAGAAUCAAAAACCCAAAACUAAAAAGAAGCGGACUAGAAGAGAGAAGACGUGAACCCCGGAGUACGUGGAAGUGGAGCUUCAGGAACUUUGCAGCCAGCUUAGAGCAAACACAUUCCCAAGGAGAAGACUCUGCCCAAACACUUACUCGGAAAAUAAAAUAUUUGGUAACUGUAAAGAAAAUGGCACAAACCCCGGAUGUAUAUCAGUGUCAACUGUGCUGCCGUUUUCAUGCUCUGCAAACCUGCGCUUGUUUUCGAGAGAUGAGUGUGGCCGAUCGCAUAGAAGCUGUCCGCGUUCAUAAAUAUUGCAUGAACUGUUUGGCCCGAUCCCACAAGACCGGUGCAUGCCCAUCUCGGAAUAGCUGCAGAAUAUGUAAAUUAGGACACCACACGCUUCUUCACCGCCCAACUGCCAAUUCCACUGGGGAACGCAAACCUGCUCAACAUGCUGUGGGACGCAGAUCGAAACGCGAGACAGAACGCCGCUCUACGGCAAUGAAGACAUCGAAGUCGAAGUCACUUACGGCCCGCUUUAAACCGCGGAAUUGUCCGUGUGGACGCCUUUUGUUAUCAAGGAAACCCAAUGCCGUUUCGCGUAUCGACAGCUAGACAGCCUACUAAAUGUUGCACCCGUGCAAGGGCGGCGGCAUGUCGACGAUGAAGGAGAGCGAGGUGGCAACCUCACUCUAUUCGACUAGUUUCUAAAAUUCCUCUAAACAAAAAUCCUCCAGAAAGUUGUUUUUGUAUAAACUCACUGAAUUUAUCUACUGAAGUAUGAAAUGAAAUUGAAAUGUAAAAAGCUACAAUUAAAGAUAUAAGCGCGACCGUCGUACAGCACGGACGUGCCUUUGAGUCAUUUUAAGUCUCAACUCGAUUUAAUUAUAGAAUUUCGU